AGAAACCUUUGUUCAUGCGCUACUCAGCUGCAAAAGGAAAACAGGGAAAAACUUUUCCGAGAUGGAUCUCUCGACAGAGUAGCAGGACGAUGUAUUUAUGACUACCUCGCUCCUUGCAGACAUGGCUUUCCAUUGCCUAGACACGGGCCAUUCCUGAGUCUCUCGUCAAGGAGGAGCUGCCUGCGAUUUAGAAACCACGCUGCCGCGAUGUCGUCUUCUCCCCGUGACAGAAGCAAAGACCGCGCCGAGAUCCAGCAGACGGAAGUGCCUCCGACGUCAUGGCUGGCGAAAGUCCAUCCCUACUUCAAGGACCCGGAGCGCGUCGUCGUCCUUAAGCUCGAUGUCCUCCUCCUGACCUGGGCCUUUAUCGCCGGCCUCCUGAAGGACAUGGACCAGUCCGCGACGACGCAGGCCUACGUGUCCGGCAUGAAGGAAUCCCUUUCGCUCUACGGCAACGAGCUGGUCGAAUUCACCACCUAUUUCUCCAUCGGCUACGCGCUCUUCAUCGUCCCCGCCCAGAUGAUCCAGACCCGAGUCCGCCCGUCCAUCUUCCUACCCGUCUGCGAGAUCAUCUGGGGUGCGCUGACCCUGGUGACGUACAAGGCGCCCGAUGCGAAGAGCAUCUACGCGCUGAGAUUCUUCCUGGGCGUUUUCGAGUCGACGUCCUGGCCCGGCCUCGUCAGCCUGAUUUUCAACUGGUACACGCCGAAGGAGCUGGGUAAGCGGCUGGCCAUCUUCGGCGUCAGCGGCGUGGCUGGGAAUAUGUUUUUGGGCAUCCUGCAGGCUGCCUUGUACCGGAACCUCAACGGAGUCAACGGUCUGGAGGGCUGGCAGUGGCUGUUCAUCGUCUCGGGCAUCAUCACAAUGGUGUGGGGAGCCGUGGGAUUCCUCCUCAUUCCCGACUCUCCUAAGAUUACCCGAGCCUUGUACCUGAGCUCCGUCGAGCGUGACUUAGCACGCUCGAGACUGAACGAGGUGGGCGUGACCUCAUCGGAGUUGAUCCCCUUCCAGCGUCUGGUAGCGAAGCUCCGGUUGCUGGUCAAGAGUCCCCUGACGUACCUAUUCCUGGCGGCUUAUCUUCAGUUCGCGUGGUCGCAACGCGCCAACUCCUAUUUCCUCCUGUACCUUAAAGGCGUCACCGAUUCGAGCGGCCAGCCGCUUUAUUCGACAUACACUGUGAAUCUCAUCCCCCUCGGCGGCUACGGGAUUUCGAUUGUCUGCAACAUCGGCUUAAACGCACUAAGCGACUGGAAGGGCUGGCGAUGGCAGGUCUCGUGCGGCGCCGCCGCCUUACAGUUGGUAGCGACCUCGGUUCUGUCUGGGUGGCCAAGCUCGCACCCUGCAAUCAUGACAUUCUACUUCCUCACUUUUGCUACCUCGGCUUGGGGAUACGCGUUGGUCGCGUGGCUUGCGGAGAUCCUUCGCAAGGAACCCGAAGCCCGAUCGAUCACCGUGGCAAUUGCUGUCACACUAACCUAUGUCGGACAUGCCACGAUUCCGCUGCGUGCGUGGAGGGUUGCCGACUCCCCCAGGUAUCCGAUUGGGUUCCCGUUGUCCGCAGCAUUCUGCGUGGGUAGCAUAGCGAUGAUAUUGGGGAUACGCUUCUACGUUAACAAGUAUCCGGAUAUCUUGGAUUGGGGAUUGGACCGGGAAGCCGGUCGAGAUGCUGCUGUUGAGGAAUCAUCGGACUUCGACCAACCAGGAAGAAAAUAAAAUAGGAUACUGGAAUGUGUACUGCGAAGUACCAUCGUCCGUUGCCAACUUGCUGAGAAGUCUCUUGUCACAUAAUGUAAACACCUACUUAGCAAAUGAAGGGUGUCAGAUGCUUGAAUUGUCUAUUCCGGAAUUCAACCAGCUUCAUUCUCACCGUUGUCGGCGUGUUAUCGUCCUCUUCGUCGUUGCUGGUUGAAGAAAUAGUUUUGCUUCGAUUCCGUUGUGUCAGCCUGUUGGCCCCAGGAAACCGUAGACACGACGU